GGGCUGGGCGUGUGCCGCGGCCGCCGGCGGGGCGCGCUCCCGCUCCGCUCCCCUCCCGCUCCCCCCGCACGCACAUUGUCCGGGCGGCGGCGGCGGCACAGCGCCCCGGCGCCCCGUGCCAAUGCGGGGCGGGCGCGGCACGCCGGGGGCGCCUCCACCACCGCGGUGGAAACUUCCCCUCGCCGCCGGGCCGACGCGCGGCUGAAAGCCCCCGGCGGGGAGGAGCGGAGCGGGGAUUCGCCCGCCUGGGGUGGGGGGGGGGGGGGCGCCUCGUCUAGUUUGGUUUUUCCUCCAUUGGAAGGAAAAAAAAAGCAAAUAAUACUGUUACCCGGCUUUAAACUUCCGCGCCCCGCUCUCCAGGACGCGCAUCCCGCCCGGCGGGGUGGACGAGCCGGUGGUGGUGCUCCUGGAAGUCCUGAGCUGGGGUCAGCUGGAAGAUGACUGAAUACAAGCUGGUGGUGGUGGGAGCAGGUGGUGUUGGGAAGAGUGCUUUGACGAUACAGCUCAUUCAGAACCAUUUUGUUGAUGAGUAUGACCCCACAAUAGAGGAUUCCUACAGAAAGCAAGUAGUCAUCGAUGGAGAGACCUGCUUGUUAGACAUCUUGGACACUGCAGGGCAAGAGGAGUACAGUGCCAUGAGAGACCAGUACAUGAGAACGGGGGAAGGAUUCCUGUGUGUCUUUGCCAUCAACAACACCAAGUCCUUUGAAGAUAUUCACCAGUACAGGGAGCAGAUCAAGAGGGUGAAAGACUCAGAUGAUGUUCCUAUGGUGCUGGUGGGGAAUAAAUGUGACUUACCAGCCCGGACAGUGGAGACUCGGCAAGCGCAGGACCUGGCCCGGAGUUACGGGAUCCCCUACAUAGAAACGUCUGCCAAAACCAGACAGGGCGUUGAGGAUGCCUUCUACACCUUGGUGCGGGAAAUCCGUCAGCAUAAACUGCGCAAGCUGAAUCCCCCAGAUGAGAGUGGCCCUGGCUGCAUGAACUGUAAAUGUGUGGUAUCGUGACUAUGCUGACUGGACCGUGUCUUGGAGAGGUUCCCACUGUGCAGUGCACAAGGACAGAGGUGAAGCAAAGGAAGAAGGAAACGGAUUCAGAGGAGGAAUAUGGGGGAGGGGGAGAGGAGGAGGAAGAGGACAGGGUGAGCAUGAGCCCUCCAAGGACUAUCUCGCACUUCACCCAAGCCUGCGGCAAACAACAUUUUUUCUUUUUUUAUCCCCAUCCCCCCAUCCUUUGGCGUCCUCCCACCCCGGCAACUGUACAAAGCCACAGAUUGAAUCACAGUAAAUUAUUAUUUGAUGGUCUCGACAAA